UUUGUGGUUGGGUUGUGGCUGUGACUGUGAUUGAGAGUUAUGGAAUAUGCUAACAAGGAAUACAGACAUGAACUAUGUAUGUGUAGUAUACGCCGUUGUCGGGUCUAUUAUUGCUAUAGAUUGGGCUGUGAGAGGGAAAAGGAAGUUUCGGGGACAGGACACCAGACAUCAGGAGGCGGAGGAGCAUGUUGAGGGGCAUUAUGUUGAUUAAAUGGUCUUGAUUUUUACUCUGAUGGAUGAUGAAGUUAUAUGUGGAAGGUAAGGUUUUU